AUUCGACAGCUACAUGCAGUAUGCAGUGUCGUGAUACAUGCUGCAUAUUGGAUCUUGUAAUCUCCGGAUGGCAAAUGGCGAAAGCUGAGGGUCGAAAGUCGUCGCUGCCUCCCAGGGAUAUCCUAAAGCAUUCCCCAACCUUAGAAAGCAUCCCCAGCCAUCAUCAUCCUCCUCCUGUUCUCCAAAUUGAACUGCUUUUGAAAAAUGGCCGCCGUCGCUAUUCCCCCGAGUCUUGCCCCCCGAACCUCCCCCACCUUCGACGAGGUAGCCGCCAAAGUCGACCGCAUUGUCGGCGACAACCCUACCCCCGAUAAAUACUGGGCGGUCCAGGACCAGCUCACGAACGAGGAGCUUGCCGUUCUCGUGGACGGUGCCCCAUCGCACAACCCCAUCAAGAAUGAAGCCCAGCGCACGAAGUACACCGAGGGCGCUGCCCAUUCCUUGGGCUCCAAGGAGGCCGAGGAUAUCCUGGAGCAGGCAGCACAUGAUGCCGUUGCCGCGGCUCGGGACAUCGAUCGAGGCUUUCUGAGUCUUCAGGCCGAGAUCGCGAGAGUUGAUGCUAUUCAUCAUUCGGGGUUUAGUGAUGACUUGAGGAAGGUCAAAGAGAACUACGACAAGGUGCUUUCGGACAGCAGGGACGUCGCGGCGGCGCUUUCUGCCCAAACGAACCAGUUCGACGAUGUCAUUCUGAACAUGGUUUCAAACGAAACCCUCACUGCCGACGAGAAGCUGAUCGGCGUCGACUGGUACAUUGGGAGAAUCGAAGGAGUGCAUGCCGACGCUCGCGGCAUCGAAGUUCGAUUCGAGUCCUUGAAGUCCGAAUUCGCCGGACUCGUCGGACGGUUCGGCGACUGGGCCAAGGAGAGGGAAGGCGAGCUAACCACGCAGGUCGAGGCGGCGAAGGAGGAACUGAUCCGGUUGAACGAGCAGCUGGUUGCGCUGAACAUCUCCAUUGCUGCCUUUGGAGGAGUGAGUGCGAUUGGGAUCCUGAUGCUGGGUAUCUCUGCCUUCACCGGGCCGCUUGCCUUCUUCCUUGCGGUGGGCGGGAUGUUCGCUCUGGGAGUCUCCGCGGCGGCAAUCAUUGGACUCACCAUCGCCCGAGACAUCAAGAAAAGCCAGAUUGCAAACAAGGAGCGCGAGAUCCAGACCCUGGAGCAGCAGAUCGAACAGAUCCGCAAAGCGCGCGAGAACCUCGAGCUGAUGGGAAACGACCACCUCUUCCGAUUCGGGGACAAUGUCGACUUGCUCAAGAACGUUUGGAACCUUGUCUCCGUGGACGCUAUCACGAUCAGAGAGCACUUGGAGUCCAGUAAGCUGGGAAUAAUUCUCCCUCUCCCGGGACACUUGGAGGAGGCGCUUAACAAGGGUAAUGAUGUUUACAAGAAUAUGGCGAGGUAUUUGACCAUUUAUGCCACUGGGCUGGGGGCGACUAGGGCCGCGGAGAAGUGAACGAACGUCCACGGCACGUCAAUCAGCGUGAUGAUGGAGCGAUGGGAUUCCCCGAGGUAGUGGGGACAUGGCAGUAUCAUAUCAAUUCCAAUUAAGGAG